CGAGCAUAAAGCCCCAGCACGCCGCACCCGGAGCCUCCACCGUGAGUCCACGUCUCUCCUCGCUCCACUCGCCACCCAACGCAGACCGAAUCCGCCGGCCGAAUAGAGUAAUCCCGGCCCGAAUGGAGGCCGCGUGAGAGAUAGAGAGAGCGAGCGCCCGGGGGGAGGAGAGAUCGGGGCGGAGCGGCGAUGCGGGCGUGGGAGAUGCACCCGCUCUGCUGCCUCGCCGGGGAGUGGCCGGGCUCGGGCGGGGGGCUCGCGGACGGCGGCCGCUCCCCGCCGCCGGAGGCGGAGGGGGAGGCGCCGGCGGUGGCGGGCGUGCUGUACAAGUGGACCAACAUCGGCAAGGGCUGGCGCCCGCGCUGGUUCGCGAUCCGCGGGGGCGUGCUCGCCUACUCCAAGAUCCGGCGCCGCGUCGCGGCCGAGCCGCACCCCGCCGCCGAGGCCGCGGGCGGCGUCAGGCUGAUCGGGGUGGCGCGCGGCGCCGGGGGAGCGGCGGAGCGGCCCGUCGGAUUCGUGCAUCUCAAGAUAUCAUCAUUUAGUGAAAGUAAAUCAGAUGAUAAACGGUUCUAUAUAAUUACUCCAACCAAAACACUUCAACUGAGGACUGGUUGUGCUAAGGAUCGGGCGACUUGGAUUGAAGCGCUUGUCACUGCAAGAAGUGAAUAUUCUUUUAAUGGGGAUUUAUCGGGUGACCAGAAUGAUGCAUCAUUUUCCACAGAAAAGCUCAGAAAUCGCUUGCAUGCUGAAGGUGUCGGUGAGGCAAUUAUUAAAGACUGUGAGCAGAUUGUUAAUUCAGAAUUUUCGCAGUACCAAACACAGAUGAAGCAGCGUUGUGAAGAGUAUUUAAGCUUUAUUGGCAGUCUUCCACGCGAAGUUGAGGUAGUUAAUUCAACAGAUACAACUGUCACUGAGAAGCCACAGUUGGAGUUGUUCAAGCAUGACUGCUCCAGCUCUGGAAAAUGUAGUGAAUAUAGCAACACAGAAUCUUCAGAUGAUGUUGGCAAACAAGAGAUUAGUGAACUAUCAGAUGGAGAUGAAUUCCAUUUCUACGACACAAGACAAAGUUUCAGUGACUUUGCUGCAAGUCCUGACAUGAGAAGGAGAUGCCUAAACAAUGGAAAUGAAGAUCAUAGAUCUAUUGAGUCACUAACUACUGACAAGGCCAACGAAGAUCUGUCAUAUUCAAAAAGGCGCACAAAGUUGCCUGAACCAGUAGAAAAGGAGAAAGGUGUUAGCCUUUGGUCAAUGAUCAAAGACAAUGUUGGAAAGGAUCUCACAAGAGUCUGCCUUCCUGUUUACUUUAAUGAGCCUCUAUCUUCUCUUCAGAAGUGCUUUGAGGAGUUGGAGUACUCUUAUUUGUUGGAUCGUGCAUAUGAAUGUGGUUUAAGGGGGAAUGGUCUGAUGAGAAUUCUUUAUGUUGCUGCUUUUGCGGUCUCUGGAUAUGCUUCCACAGAUUCUCGCCCCUGCAAACCUUUCAAUCCAUUGCUGGGGGAAACCUACGAAGCUGAUUACCCUGAAAAGGGGAUCCGUUUCUUCUCUGAGAAGGUUAGUCAUCAUCCUAUGGUCAUGGCAUGCCACUGUGAGGGGAAAGGUUGGAAAUUUUGGGGAGAUAGCAAUCUUAAGAGCAAAUUCUGGGGACAAUCCAUUCAACUGGAUCCAGAUGGUGUGUUAACAUUAGAGUUUGAUGAUGGAGAAACUUUCCAGUGGAGCAAGGUUACAACAACAAUUAAUAACCUUAUCCUUGGUCGAGUCUAUUGCCAUCACCAUGGCACAAUGAACAUAAGUGGAAAUAGACAAUAUUCAUGCAAGCUGACGUUUAAAGAGCAGUCUUUCCUUGAUCGAAAUCCUCGCCAGGUUCAAGGAGUUGUCAAGGAUGCUGAUGGAACCAAGGUUGCAACCCUGACGGGGAAGUGGGAUGAAAAUGUGCAUUGUAUCAUCGGUGAUGAUGCCUCUAAGGUGAAAUCCCAUGGUUCACACCAGAGUACUGGUGCCACUUUGCUGUGGGAGAAAAACAAGCCCUCAGCUAAUCCUACUCGGUACAACCUGUCCUCAUUUGCAAUAACAUUAAAUGAGCUGACACCGGAGCUGAAGGAGAAGCUUCCACCAACAGAUUCGAGGCUCCGACCAGACCAGCGACACCUGGAGAAUGGGGAGUACGAGAAGGCCAAUGCUGAAAAACUGCGUCUCGAGACAAGGCAACGGAUGGCAAGGAAGAUGCAGGAGAGUGGCUGGAAACCAAGAUGGUUCCAAAGGGGCAGCGAAGAUGGAUCAUUCCGCUACGUUGGAGGUUACUGGGAGGCAAGGGAGCAGAGGAAAUGGGAUGGCUGCAGCGACAUAUUUGGCAACUUGUCUAGCAGCCCAAAGCUGCAACCAUCCACUCUCUACGCUAGCUCAAGUAUAUAGGGAUUAGGGCAUGUUGUUUAGUAGGUGCUGACGUCGCAUUAGUACAUAAGCGAGUUUGAGUGGCUUCUCUCGUCUCUGUUGUGCAAAGGUUUGAGCUAACAUGCUCUACUUGUCAAUUGUCAUAUUGAACCCAAGGACAUUCAAGCAUAACCCAAACUUUUGUGGACAUUGGGAUGCUUAUGAGAAAUCUUGCUAACAUUACUGCUAAAAGAAUUUUCAAUGAUACCGUUUUUGUUCUUUGUAUUCCA